GAGGAAAUGAUAGGCAAAGCUGGAUUGAUUGGAUGUGUGAAUAAAAUCCCUCUCCAUUUUCAGUAGGGCAGGCGGGCAGGCAGGAAGCAUGUUAAGAAGCAGAAAAGGUGCCUAAUUAAUGAGAGCAGAUGCAAAGGUAGAGGCUGCCGGGUGAAUCACAUGCAGCCGCGCACAUUUCAUGCCUGCUCUCCCAGCUGAAAGGCUGCCCUGAUCUCCCAGCUCUGCCCCCUUUCCCUCCUCCUCCAGCCUAGUACUUCAGAGCUGCUUCUUGUCUGCGCAGAGAGAUCCUCCUCAGCGAGAGAACUGGCAGCCUCGGGUGUUGCCACAUAAACAGGAGAAGCCGCUUCCGAAGAGGCAUGGCUGGGGGAGCCAGAGGCAGCCAGGCUGCAGCAUCCUUAUGCCUGGCCUGGACCCUCUCCCUGGCUCUGGCCUCUUUCCCUCAGCUCGUGAGCGGACGAGUGGACUGGACCCAGGAAAAGUACUCCCACCGUCCAACAAUUUUAAAUGCAACUAGCAUCCAACAAGUUGCUGCUCACACAGAUAUCAACCGAAUGUGGCAAAAUGAUUUGCACCCGAUACUGAUUGAGCGAUAUCCAGGAUCACCCGGCAGUUAUGCUGUGCGUCAGCAUAUCAAGCAUCGUCUGCAAGGACUACAGGCUGGCUGGGUAGUUGAAGAAGACACGUUUCAGAGCCAUACUCCUUACGGAUACCGCACCUUUUCAAACAUCAUCAGCACCCUCAAUCCCCUUGCCAAGCGCCACUUGGUGCUUGCUUGCCAUUACGAUUCAAAAUACUUCCCACCACAGCUGGACGGCAAAGUGUUUGUUGGAGCCACCGACUCAGCAGUGCCCUGUGCUAUGAUGCUAGAAUUGGCACGCUCCCUGGACAAGCAGCUUCAUUGUCUGAAGAAGGCCGUCUCAAACGGCAAGUCAGAUCUCUCCCUGCAGCUCAUUUUCUUUGACGGCGAAGAAGCUUUCGUCCGAUGGUCCCCUUCAGAUUCUCUAUAUGGCUCUCGGCACUUGGCCCAGAAAAUGGCAACGACUCCACACCCUCCAGGCGCCACACAUACAACUCAGAUUCAGGGCAUUGAUCUUUUUGUGCUACUGGAUUUAAUCGGUGCUCGGAACCCAACAUUCCCCCUUUACUUUCUGAACACAGCCCGGUGGCUGGGGAGACUUGAAGCGAUCGAACAAAACCUCAUUGCUUUGGGUUUGCUAAACGAUUACUCUCCUGAAAGGCCCUAUUUCCGGCCUGACUUACGAAGACAUCCAGUAGAGGAUGACCACGUUCCAUUUUUAAGAAGAGGGGUUCCAAUCCUACACCUGAUUCCAGCUCCUUUCCCUAGAGUGUGGCACACCAUGGAAGACAAUGAAGAAAAUCUUGACAAGCCAACCACUGACAACCUCAACAAGAUUCUACAAGUGUUUGUGCUGGAAUAUCUCAAUCUGUGAUGGCACACUGUUGGCUCCCACACAACUCUUGCUCUGUUUUUAAGGCUACCACUUGUUCCUCUUUAGCUGCUUCCAAAAACAGGCCUUUGGAGACUAUAGGAAUACAAUAGUUUAGUUUCUAAUCUUUACCCCCUAGAGGAAAAUGGAAAUAAUGGCAAUUCUUCAGGGUUUAAUGGUACAUACAACUGUGUGUAAACCAAAUUCUGGCAGUGGGGAAAAUAAACAUUUGUACCAAACUGUGUUCAAGUAGAAGGAAAAACACCACUGUCCAUCUUUCAUUGAAGAAGAAAUAAAUGAAAAGGCUUAGUUUCAUUAUGCUACACAAUGUUAUUCAGUACAGUAUUUCAUGAUUUCAGCUGCAGCAACAUUCCAAAAAAUUAAGUGCUAUUUCUUUUAACAUCAAGUGAUAAUAAUUUAGUGCAUACUUGGUAUGCAGUUAAAUGUGAAUAGAAGAUAGGUGAUGAGAGGAAUCCACCCUUGUAGCUUAUUUCUUCUAAUAUCCUUCUGUCCAGAUGAAUCUCAUGAAGUGGUCCACUGUAUGAGGUUCCAAAAUAAAUGUUCAUUUACUGUGCCAUAACUUGUAGUCUAACUGGGUAAAAGGAGUCCCUAUACAUGGAUUACCAUUUUGUACAAGGUGGGAGGGGGAUAAGGGUCUCUUUUAAAUCAUAAUGUUACCACACAAUGCCCUGAUUGCAUAGCCCUAUGAUCAUUUAUCAAGUGAAGAGUCAUCGAAUCUUACUGUGUUAUCUCUACAGGCAAUUAUUCAACAGUGGAAUUCAAGCUUAGAGGCGAAUCAUAGAUGAAGCAACUGCUUGAUGCCUAACUAAAUUCCACUGAAUAUAUCAAGUCACUCUGAUAUUGAAUGUAACACGUUUUCAGGCUGCAUUUUUAGAUCCUUAAAAAAAACCAACAACAACACAAUGCACAUCAGUGGUAGUAUCUUGCAGAUUUCAUUGUACAGUUCAAUCUCAGAACCCUGCUUUAAUUGUACCGGAAUGGUUUUGCCACUACAGCCAAAACAUUGUCCUGUGACGGGCUUGGUCAAAUCCCAGUUCCUGUCCCUCUUCCCUGUACAUGAACACACAGAACAUUUCCACCACUAAGAUUCACUGCCUCCUUCCACUUUGCUUAUUCCCCACCACCUCCCUUCAGAGUUUGGGCCUGUGUUGGAACAUAAUGCUGCAACUUGUGAGCUUUGUUGCUAUGCCAGGAUGUCUGCAAAUACAUUUGAGCUCCAAUACCUCAAUUACACAAGCAUGGUCUGUAGAAUUAUAUCCUUCCAAAUAGUUGUAACUAUGGGCUUUAGUAUAUGGUAGUAUGGGCAUUUAUUGCUUACACGUGUAUCCCUCAAAGGAGAACAAGGGAGACACUAUCCUCACAACAAACUGGUAAGAUAGGUUAAGUCAAGAGACAAUGACUGGACCAAGGUCACCCAGGGAGCUUUACAGCUGAGUGUUGAGUUUAACUCUAGUAUCACGUCACAAUCCAACACUCUAUAACCAUUAUCUUUCAUUAUAUCCCAAAAUUGGGAAUGCAUUUGUUAGAAAGAAUGUUUAAACCUUCAACCAUGCAGGAUUAACAGCAUUACCUUAUGGCUGUUGGUAAAUUUUCCACUUUGGAUAGGUGAUCUAACAUUUACACUACCAAGUUAUUCUGAAAUAAAAGUCCUAAGUCUGAUUUGUAUCUAAUUCUUGAAUAUGUAAUGACCUGGAUGUAGUCUUUAAAAACAGAGCACCAUUCAUUGUGUUUAUAUUUGGAUAAGCAAGUGUCUUAUAUAUUGGCACUGUAUAAUAAAAUAAACACUU